UGCUGGCAGGCGGCUCAAGGCCUCGCGUCCACCUGCCCGCCCGCUCCCGCUGCAGUCUGUCCCGGGUCUGCGCCGGCCCUGGCCCAUGGCGGCGUCAGCGGCCCUGUCCGCAGCGGCGGCGGCGGCGGCCCUGUCGGGCCUGGCGGUGCGGCUGUCGCGCUCGGCCGCGGCCCGCGGCUCGUACGGCGCCUUCUGCAAGGGGCUCACGCGCACGCUGAUCACCUUCUUCGACCUGGCCUGGCGGCUGCGCAUGAACUUCCCCUACUUCUACAUCGUGGCCUCGGUGAUGCUCAACGUCCGCCUGCAGGUGCGGAUCGAGUGAGCAUCCGCGGCAACCUCAGCCCGGCCGCGACGGCAGGGGCACCAGCAUGAAGGACCGCGGGGCCCGGGGCCGCCGGCACUCCGCGGGGGAAGGAGGAGGGGCGGCCCGCGCCCCCGGGCCCUAGAUCUGCGCGGAGGACCGAGCCCCGUGCCCCCGCUCCUGCCACCCUUGACGCGGCCAGUGCUGAACUGCACAGAAGCUCGUGAAACGGGCCCUUUCCAUCGAACUCGAGAAAAUUAUUUGCCUGCGGCCGACCUGUUGCCUCACCUUGGCCGAAGCGGGGAGCAGAAGGAAGAAA